AUGUUCGAGGGACGCCACGCUGCCGACCAGUACCAUCUGCGUCUCCACCGCGCGAGCUCUGUAGUCCUCACCUCGAGCGAGCUCGUCGAGAUCCGCGCCGCACAGCGCACGUUCGAAGGCGCCUAUAUCCGCACCGCCAUUGGGCAAUUCAGCUUUGCGCUCAUAGUGCUGAAGAUCUUCACUGCAGAAUUCUACUCCAUCGGUGCGCUGUUUGCAGUGUAUGGGGCGGGAAUCUUGGGCAUCAGCCUGUGGAGGAGAACAGCGGGGAACAGGCAGUUCUUCUCGGAGAUGGGCGAGGAUGGGCUGCACAGGAAGAGGUUUCGCACAAGUGGGAAUGUGGUUGGGGUGUUGACGGCGUUGAGUGUGUGCGCGUAUGUGUGUUUGAUAGUGCUGACGCUGAGGCUGGAGACGUGAGGGGGUGCAGCGUGGCUUGUGGUGGCAUGUUGGACAGCAGGUUUCGGGGGUGUGAUGGUUCAGUGUGAUAUCAUGAGGCUCGCCGUUCGGGCCGUCUGUGCAGCCUCGUGCAUCUCACAGGGGUGAUGCGAUGAGAGUGUGAUGAAUUGGAGCCGUGUACUGCUGUGUACUGCAUACAUAGCUAAAGUCUUUUGCAGCUGCUUGAUGGGGUCGGGCAGAAGGUGAGCGGAGGACUGGUUCAUGGUUGCAGGGUUUCUGGCACUGGUAACGAGGAGCCGCAAGGGCGUGGCUGAUGGAUUGGAUCUCUGGGCGUCGGAGUCGGGACGUGGGGGUGCCGUUGAAGCAUCACGUCAACGGCACCAUGUCAUGCAGAUACCUAC